AUGCCUCCAAGGAAAUCCAAGGCCCCCUCGGCAGCGCAGCUGGUACCUCCAAGGAAAAAAUCCAAGGCCCCCUCGGCAGCGCAGCUGACCGUGGAGCUCAAUGCAAUGAGGGAGAAGUUUGAGGCGGAAAAGGAAGAGAGCGCCCUGAGAAUCAGGCUCCUCGAGGGACAGCUGGAACGGGGAAAUGAGUCGUCCUCGUCCAAGCGUAAACGCCGUAAUGUUUCUGUGUCGUCGUCGUCUUCAUCUUCUUCGUCAUCAUCUUCUUCAUCGUCCUCGUCAUCAGAUUCGUCUGACUCGUCGGAUGACUCCCGCCGGAAAAGAAAAACCAAAAAAUUCAAAAAAUCGAAGAAGUCGCGAAGAUCCUCCACCUCGAUGUCAGCGCGAAAGUGGAAGACAAGGUCUUAUGAAGUGCAGCACGGCCUGAAUGAGCAGCUGCAACGCCAACUCAAGAAGACCAGGCGGGACCUGCGGAAGCUGAAGGGUGGCCGAAGUCUCUCUAAGAGGCUCAGAAGAGAAAAUAAGCCUGCUGUUGUUGCACCAAUUCAUUCCGAUGAAGAAAGAGAUGUUGAUUCUUAUUUGAUGGAGGCUGAUGGUGGGUGGGAUGUGCGUGAAGUUGGUGUUCAAGAUGUUCAA